AUGGAUUAUCUUCAAACAGCUGUUUCCUCGAUUGGACGUGUUGGUGACAAGAUCGACAGCUACAAGUCCUCAUUGAACCUUUCGAACCCUGGUACUACUGAAAAUUUGUCAAAGGAAGUUUCGAAAGAUCUCUUGCUUUCUAACUAUGCAUUUACCGGUAUUCGUGCUGAUGUAACAAAGGGAUUCUCUACUAACCCUUGGUUUACUGUUUCCCAUGCAUUUGCUCUUGGUAGCCAAAUGUUACCCCCUUACUCUUUCAGCACCAUGUUUGGUGGUGAGCCAGUGUUCCUCCGCGGUAGUGUCGACAACGACGGUGCUUUGCAAGCCAUGUUGAACUGUGCUUGGAGCCCAAAUGUUCUUUCCAAGGUUCAAAUGCAACUUGCCGAUGCUACUAUCCCUAGCAUGUGUCAAAUCGAGCAUGACCACAGAGGAAAGGACUUUUCUUUUAGCGUUAAAGCAAUGAAUCCUUGGUAUGAAGACAAGUUGACUGGUAUUUACAUUCUUUCCAUGCUCCAGUCUCUUACUCCUAAAUUGUCCAUGGGUGUCGAGGCUCUCUGGCAAAAGCCUUCUGCUUCUAUCGGACCUGAGGAAGCUGCUUUGAGUUAUAUGGCUCGUUACAACGCUGGUGACUGGAUCGCUACUGGUCAUUUGAACGGUACCCAAGGUGAUGUUACCGCUACUUUCUGGCGCAAGUUGAGUGAAAAGGUCGAGGCUGGUGUUGAAUGCCAAUUAUCACCUGUCGGCUUGAACCGUUCGGCUGCCAUGAUGAUUGGUCCCAAGCCUGAAGGUCUUACUUCGGUUGGCCUUAAGUAUGAGUUUGCCCAAAGCAUCUAUCGUAGUCAAGUUGACAGCAAGGGUAAGGUUGGUGUUUAUUUGGAACGCCGCUUGGCUCCUGCUAUUACUCUUGCUUUCAGCAGUGAAAUCGAUCAUCCCAACAGAAACGCUAAGGUUGGUCUUGGUUUGAGCAUGGAGUUGCCCGGAAGUGAUGAAAUGAUUCAACAGCAACAACAAUUGCUUUCUGGUCAAGUCCCCGCUGCUGAACCUGCUACCCCCUCUGCUUAA